AUGACGGCCAAGGCGCUCGUCGAUACGGCUGCCGACUGGACCGCGCUCUCGGUGGCUAUGGGGCAGACCAUGAUCCCGUACAUCGCCGUGCUCUCGAGCCUCCUCUUCGCCGUGGCGCCGCUGCCAGAUAUCCGGCGCAUCCGCGCGGCCAAGAGCACGCUGACAUUGCCGUUCGGCCCGUUCUUCUUUUACCUCCUGCAGUCGGCGCUCUUCCUCUUGUAUGCGCUCGUGACAUCGAAUCGCCUGCUCCAGACAACCACGACCGUUGGCACCGUCCUUGGCGCGUACUACGUGGCCAUCUACUAUACAUACACGCUCGAGAAGCGCCUGGCGCGCUGGCACCUUCUUCUUGGCGCGCUCUUGUACGUGUUCUUGCUGCACGGCGCCAUGGUCAAGCCGACGCACGAAGCCAAAGUGCUCAUUGGCAUCCCAGGCAAUAUCGUCAUGGUGCUGACUGCAGUCUCGCCGCUGUCCAAGCUGCCCGACAUCAUUCGCCGCCGAGACGCUUCGUGCCUUCCCGUAGGCAUGUCGAUCAUGAACGUUCUGGCGGGCGGCGUCUGGGCGCUGUAUGGCCUCAUGCUUGACGACAUGGUCGUUGUCUUUCCCAAUGCCAUUAGCACACUCGUCGGACUCGUGCAGGUAGGUCUUUUGGUCAAGUACCCGCCAACAUCCAAAGCCGAGCACGUGGUCUAGCCUUCACUGAUCGAUAGUAUAUAUGUGCAUAGAGACAUAACAACAGACACUUAUUGUUGAUAGCAAAA